GCCGCCAUGGACGCGCUGAGCCGGGCCGGGCCCCGGCCCCGCCGCGCCGCCGCCGCCGCCUCCCCGCUGCCCUGGGGCCGCUUCGCCGCAUGGAUCGACUGCGUGUGUGUGGUGACCUUCGACCUGGAGCUGGGACAGGCCAUGGAGCUGGUGUAUCCCCACGACUUCAGGCUCACCGAGAAGGAGAAAACGAGCAUCUGCUACCUGUCCUUCCCAGACUCCUACUCAGGUGGCCUCGGGGACACCCAGUUCAGCUUCCGGCUGCGCCAGGCCGGGGGCUCCCGCAGCUCCCCGUUCCAGGAUGACGGCCGCUACAACCGGGAGGCCCCGGUGACGCUGCAGCGAGAGGCUGCUCACUAUUUCGGGUACGUGUACUUCCGGCAGGUCAAGGACAGCUCCAUGAGGAGGGGCUACUUCCAGAAGUCCCUGGUGCUCGUGUCCCGCCUUCCCUACGUGAACCUGUUCCAGUGCCUGCUGCAGCUGAUUGCUCCGGAGUACUUCGACAAGCUGGAGCCCUGCCUGGAGGCAGUGUGCAACGAGAUCGACCAGUGGCCACCCCCAGUGCCUGGCCAGACCCUGAACCUGCCCGUGAUGGGAGUUGUCAUCCAGGUGAGGAUCCCAUCCCGGGUGGACAAGCCAGGCUCCAGCCCAGUGAAGCAGUGCAACCAGGAGAAUCUGUUACCAGCCCCCCUGGUUCUCCCCAGUGUUCAUGAGCUGGAUCUGUUCAGGUGCUUCCAGCCAGUGCUGAUCCACAUCCAGAUGCUGUGGGAGCUGAUGCUGCUGGGGGAGCCCAUGGUGGUGAUGGCACCGUCCCCAACCAUGUCCUCAGAGAUGGUCCUGGCCCUCACCAGCUGCCUGGCCCCGCUGCGUUACUGCUGCGAUUUCCGGCCCUACUUCACCAUCCACGACAGCGAGUUCAAGGAAUACACCACGCGCACCCAGGCCCCGCCCAACAUCGUCGUGGGCGUCACCAACCCCUUCUUCAUCAAGACCCUGCAGCACUGGCCGCACAUCCUGCGCGUGGGCGAGCCCCGCAUGUCAGGAGACCUGCCCAAGCAGGUGAAGGUGAAGAAGCUGGCCAAGCUGAAGACCCUGGACACCAAACCAGGAAUCUACACUUCCUAUAAAACAUUCCUUCACAAAGACAAAACCCUGAUCAAAAGGCUGCUGAAGGGCAUCCAGCGGAAGCGCCCCUCGGAGGUGCAGAGCGCUCUGCUGAGGAGGCACCUGCUGGAGCUCACCCAGAGCUUCAUCAUCCCUCUGGAGCAUUACAUGGCCAGCCUGAUGCCUCUGCAGAGGGCCAUCACUCCGUGGAAGAAUCCCCCCCAGAUCCGCCCGUUCUGCCAGGAGGAUUUCAUGAAGAGCCUGGAGCACGCUGGGCCCCAGCUCACCUGUGUGCUCAAGGGGGACUGGCUGGGGCUCUACAGGAGAUUCUUCAAGUCCCCCAACUUCGACGGCUGGUUCCGGCAGCGGCACCGCGAGAUGACCCAGAAGCUCGAGGCCCUGCACCUGGAGGCCAUCUGUGAGGCGGACAUCGUGGCCUGGAUGAAGGACAAGUCCGAGGUGGAGAUCGUGGACCUGGUGCUGAAGCUGCGGGAGAAGCUGGUGAGGGCUCGCUGCCAGCACCUGCCCGUCAAGGAGGAGACCCUGCAGAGGGUGGGUCUCUACAUCGACACCAUCAUCGGCUCGCUGCCCGAGGACCUGCAGACUGUGCUGCACCACCCCUGAGCCGGGGGGCUCCUGGAGACCCUUCCCGGGCUGUCCCGGGCUGUCCCGGGAUCGCGGGCGGAGCCGGGCCGGGGCUGUCCCCGCCGAACCGCCCCUGGGUGGCACCGCAGGGCAGGAGGGCCCGCCCGGACACCUCAUCCUCCUCCCCCGUGCUUGGAUCCUCGGCGUCCCCGCAGCCCGUCCCGCCCGGGAGCAGCAGCAGCAGCAGCCGUGCAGGGGCACGGGCAGGCGGUGACAGAACCGUGCCUGGCCCCGGGCAGCCGCGGGAGCAGGAGGAGGAUUGCUGGACAUGGACAAUUGCUGCUCUGUUCCUCCAGGGCAGAGCCAGAGGAGGGGCUGGAGCACCCGCAGGGAUCAGAGCUCCCCGGAGUGCCUGGGCAUGGCUGCUGGGAGGAGCUGGCCCCAAAUCCUAUUUAUUCUGCUUGGAAACCCAGCCUGAGCUCCAGGGACACAGCGGGGCUGGGGCUCUGCCCGAGGCACCGGGAGAGCUCUGCCAGCCCCUUCCCAAUAAAACCUGGAGAAGCUGAUUGCA